GUCGAAGGAAGAAAGGAGAAAAGAUAAGGCAGAGCUUCUCCGUGCACGCUGAAGCGGAACGCGGCGUCGCUCUGCUGAUCUUCCCUUGGCACCGUCUUUUCUCUCGCUGAUAUUAUCGUUUCCUCAUCAGCGCCAACGUGAACGUAUCGUGGGUUCUCGCCUUCACGAAACAAGAUGAGCUACGACCCCACACGCGCCUACCACAGCAGCUACCAUCACCGGACGCCCACCGCCUAUCAAGAACCCAUCGCGCAUCGACAGGGCUACACCGAGCCGCGGCUCACCACCGCAGAGCAUGGCGCUGUCAUCGCCGCCUGCUCCGUGACGUGCGCUCUCGCCACGGUGCCCAUCGCCAAAUUAGAACACUUCUACUUUAUGUGUGAUGUUCCCGGGGAGUCGAGCCGCAUUUACAUGUCCGACAAACGAGCCCAGUUUUUCCGCGUGCUUUUUCACACCCGGUGGUGGCAGGGCCGGUCUGUGCCGUGGCUGACGGUGGAUUACGCCUUUAGCCUUGGCUUGUUCGUCGCGUUGAGGCAACAGCUCGAAGCAGCGGCGCCUGCGUGGUCCAACAGACGGCGUGGCUUCCUGGCCGGGGCGGCGGCGGGUGCCAUCUACGCAGCGCUGCGGCACCCCUUCGAUGUGCUGCGCACCACGGCAGAGGCCACGACUGGGCUGCGGCAGUUUCGUGGAGCCGGUGAUGUGUUCUUCACCGCCCUGAAGGAGCGGCCAACCGUGUUGAAAGGUCUUUACCGCGGCUUCACUGUCGCUCUGACAGGUCGCACGGCGCAGUUUGCUCUUCAGUUCGGUCUUUACAACUGGCUGCGCUACGACGGCGUCUACCGCAGCCCGGUGAUGCUGUUCUUGUACUGUCACGCGGCAACGUUUCUUGGCCUGCUGGCGCAGUACCCGGUUCAAGCCUUGCGCCAGCAGCUCUAUCUGGCGAACACCUCAACCAGAGGCCGUCCGCAGAGUUAUCGCUCGCUCAUCAUGGACAUUCGACGGCGCCAUGGUAUUACAAAAGUCUACGACGGAUUCUUCAAGCACAAACCUUUUCUGAACGCCGUGCCGCCGGCGUUGCUGAUGUGCAUCUACGAUGUGAGUACGCGUCGCUGCACCGAAUACCUGUAUCCCGAGCGGAUAGCGAAGCCCGUUCAUGAGCAGUCGCUGACCUCCGUGGCAGCCCCGCCUCGUGUCAGGGCCCCCCCGGCCUACGAAUUUGAGCGGAAGGACUAA